CCGGCCCUUCCGCGGCCUGUGCCUGCGAGUCCUGGGGCGCUGCGCACACCCCUCUCCGCAGCCGCGUCCGCGAAGGCGGCAGCACAAGGCCAGACCAGGCCCGGGGCAGCGCCCUUCUUCGAGGAGCCGGAGCGCGCCGAGCGCCGGAGGCCGCGACACCCCUGCCCGAACCCGGCCGGUGGGAGUGGCUGCAUUUGAACUAAACGGCCUUCGCGGGCAGCCGCCGCCGCCGCCGCAUCAGCCCGGGGCUCCCGAGGGCCUGUUGCCGACACCAGCCUCAGUUCCCCAAGUGCAGCGGCUGCCGCGUCUCUGUUCCCAAAGCCCCGGGAAACAUCCGCCCUCGGGGUAAGGGCGGAUUCGUGGGAGCCGGGGACCGGCGCCAGCGGGGCCGCAGAUGCGCUCACUGGGCUCUCUGUCCCCACCCUGGCCACGGUAAACGUCGCUCGUCUCUUGGGAAGCGGCUCUCCAGCGGCUGUCCAUCACUCCUCUCCUUUCCGAGUGCUGGAAAUUCUUCUUGGGGCUUAUCUGGCUCACGAGACGAUGCUUAAGAUGCAAGGAAGACCAUUUCCCGGAACAUCUGAUUUAUAAUUGAAGCUUGAGUUACGACCGCCAAGGGACAAACAUGUUGAACUCCGCAAGUGAACUGGAGUUUUCGGACGAAAACAAUGCCAGGGAGAUCUCCCAGUUUGCUUCCGUGGAGGUGUCAGGUGACGCAGUAAGCACCGUAAGAAGUUCAACUGGUGUACCCGAAAAAACGGGCUACCCGGACUCUGUGUACGUUUUGGCAGCGAACAUUUUUCAGGGCAUUCGAAUCGAAAAGUCGUCAGAUAAAAUCUUAAUAAAGUACGGGAAUGAACCCCUGCCAUCCUUGCCGGAGUCUGAGGAUGAAACUUUACAGCGUCUGGCCUAUGAGCUGGCUUUCAGUACCCUGAAGUAUCAAGAUAUUUUGGAAACUAUGUUAAUAGACAGCUAUAUCUUCCCAAGUACCAAAAUACCAGAUCAUUUGAGCAGUCUUAUUAUUGUGAUGCUGUAUGAUUUUCAAGAUAGAAAAUUUCAAACUCGUGUUCUUCCUGAUAAUGAAGAGUCCAUAUUGGAAGUUCAAGAAGUAGAGAACCUUCUUAACAGUUUUAAGACAAAAUUGGCUGCAGCAUUGGCAAGAUGUCGAAUCAAACAUGAUGCCCUUUCAAUUUACCAUAUUCUGCCAGAAAUAGUUAGGAAACAGGAACUAAGGGCCUCUACUUUGCCACUUUAUGCUUGGAUAAAUACUUGUAAAAUCAGCCCUGAAGAAGUUUUUAUUAAUUUGAAGAAAAAAGGCUAUAAUGAAGUCAAAUCUGUAUGGCAUAUUGAUGAUAAAGUCUUUGCUGUGGACCAACAUUGCUAUGAUGUCUUAAUUUUUCCAUCUCAUCUUAAAAAAGAUCUUAUAAAUAUAGAUAUUUUCAAAGAUCAUAAACUUAUUUUUCAGGAUAAAUCUCGAAGUCUUGCUGUUCAUUCUGUAAAAUCUUUAAUAAAUUUGGAUGAUGAUGUCUUAAUGGUCAACACAGGCUCAUGGUACACAGUUGCCCAUAUGUCAGUCUUAACAAGUAAUAAUACUUCAAAAAUAUUUGUAUGUGGAAUAAACUCACAAGACAAGAAUCCUGACUUAAAUAACCUUUUCACAAAAAUGGGAUGUAAAAAUAUUGAAAUACUUCCUGAGACAUUUACUGACAUUGACCCAAAGGAUCAGAGGUUACAGAAAGUUAAAGUGAUUCUGCUGCUGCCUCGAUGUUCAGAUCUAGGUGUUAGUAAUCCAAUAGAAUUUAUUUUAAAUGAACACGAAGAUACAGAUUUACUUAAAGAUCUCUCUCAAGGAGGUACUUCGGAAGAUAAACUUCAGGUUCUUGCUCAACAGCAAUAUGAACAGCUAGCACAUGCAAUGAAAUUUGUUAAAGCUCAAGCAGUGGUUUACUGCACAUGCUCAGUUUAUCCAGAAGAAAAUGAAGCCGUUGUGAAAAAGGCAUUGGAAUUUCAAAACCAAGGCGCUAAAAUACAACCUUAUAGGCUCAGUCCUCCUGUUCUUCCACUGUGCUCCUUAAAAGAAAUACACUUGUCUAAGGAUAAAUUUUUCAGAAUGGAGCAAUCUGAAACUACUAAUGGUUGUUUUCUUUCUAUUUUAACAAGAGAGCGGGACCCAUCUGAGACAGUGUCCGUGAAAGAUGUUUUGGCCCGAGCUGCAGCAAAAGGUCUACUGGAUGGGAUUGAGUUGGGGAAAUCAUCAAAACGAGAGAAGAAGAGGAGGAAAUCAAAAACAUCAUUGCCAAAAGCAUCUAUCAAUGAUAAUAAUGGCAUCCAAGAGAAAAUUGCUGAGUUUCUGAAUCGAGAAGCCAAAGCAAGCACUAGUACAUCAGAGGCAUUAAUGACAAAAACACUCCUUCCACAGAAGCCUGCAGCUCAAGUGGGUGCCUCCUCGCAGAUCAGGAAACCCAGCAAGCCUCCCACCAAUCCAUUGGCCCCCACGUUAACGAAGAACGCUUGUCACGGCAGGCCAUGUGAACGGCACACCAACUUCACCAGACCUCGACCGGAAGACAAAAUGGUUGCUCUGAAACCCAUUGAGAUUGUUUUGCCUCCGGUAAUGUUGCCAUUUCCAAGUCCUCAAGGGAUCAGAUCUCAGGUACCAACUCAACAUUUUUACUACCGCUGGGUUAGACCCAAGACCGGUGUGCCUGGCUACCUUCCCACACCAUCAGUGUUCAGAAAAGUGGAGAAACCUAAAGAAAACUUACCUUCCUCCCAACUUAGGCGUCCUCGACCAUGGCUUUGACUGUCCCAUGUUUUUGACAGGGGCCAGAAAAAGGUGUUUUUUUCAAAGUCAGGUGUUUCUCAGAAGGUUAGACAUCACUACACAAGAUACUCAUCCGUUUUUCACUUAGUAUUUCCUAUUGUGAUAUUACCUUCAGAGAAUCAAAACAGGCGAGAGACAAUAAUGUAAGGGGGAAAUGAGCAGAAUUCAGAUUCCAACAGCUCAGUGCUGAUCUGUUCUAGAAUACCCUGAUGUAGACUCCAAAUCCGCUGUUAGAACUUGUCUCACUCCUCUUAACUUUCAGUCUGGACUAAAGCUCAGCAAUUUCUCCUGAAGGGAAACAUGGUCUGCCUGGUUGCAGGUUGCUUUUCAAAUUCACUUUUGAGGGCGUUCACUAGAAAGCACUGAUGUGCAAAAGAUGCGGGCCUCCUACUAGCUCUGGAGCACCCCGGCAGUAUCCAAGCAGUCCUAGUUGAACUUCUCCAGUCACCAUCUUAAGUAUUCAUCUGUCCCUGAAACAGGGUAUGGCAUGAGUUUUGUAACAUGACAACCUGAGUACUAGUAGGAAGCACAGAACGCUCCAGAGUGCUGGACGUGUGUGGCUUAGGUGUCCAUCCAGAGGAUCUCUUAUGGGAAGAGCAUCCAGGACCCCGAGUGGAUUGAGUGAGCACAAUCACCCCUUCCUUCUGCCUGUUUAUGCCAAACAUGGUUGAAAAAAAGACUGAGCAAAUUGCCAUCAAAACAUUCAUAAUUCUGAGGACAAAACUGUUAAAUGCAAGUGAUCUCUGUUGUCAAAGAAUACAAGUGAUAUCUAUUAUUGAAGAAACCUAUAAAAAGUUCUGAUUCUAUUCAAAGAUCAGGUGAUACAGCAAAAUGUACAAGUCAUUUCAAAUGGCACGCAGUAAUCAAACUUUGGUAAAUCAUUUCUGAUGCACAAUUAAAAUAUAUUGUAGCACUAUAUUAAUUAUAUUAAAUGUCAAUUCAUCUUAAAUGUAUUAUCAGUCGCCUGCCGGUAUUAGUAUGAUUAUCAUUUCUGGGUCUACUGAUUUUUUUUCAUCAUGGCAACAAAAUGUUUGACAUUAAAUAGAAUUUCUAAGUUAUAACUAUAAAUCUUGUUUAAAAAAAGUUCAUAGACACGUUGAUGACAUUUGAAUUUAAAGUUUUAUUUUCAGAAUUCAGUUGUGUUGAAGUCAAUAAUUCUGGAAUGUUCAAUUCAGGUGAGACUUCAGUAGGAUAUUUUGGUCUGUUUCAGUUAUAUGUUGUUAUUUUCUCUCUUGAAGUGGGGAGAAAAACAAAUGGUGAAUUUCAUUUUAGUAGUAAUAAGUGAAGAGUACAUUUGCAUUAAAAACUAAGUGAAGAAAAGACUUCUUUUUUUAAAUAUUUUUAUUAGUUGUUGAUGAACCUUUAUUUAUUUAUUUAUAUGUGGUGCCAAGAAUUGAACACAGUGCCUCACACAUGCUAGGCAAGUGCUCUACUACUGAGCCACA